GAGCAAAAGUUAACCACCUGCAGUAUAUAGUGAAACAAAUAAUACAUACUAUAAAAUUGCACACUUUUUAAUCAUAAACAUGAAGCUCUGUAUUAUAAAUCCAAUGUACACGUCUCUUUUUUUGGUUAUUGUUCUCUCAGCAUAUGUAUCUUCACUAUCACUUUACAUAACCGGUGGAAGAACAUAUUUAAAUAAUCAAUUUGAAAUUAUUUAUGGAGGAUCCCCCAAUGUCAUGACGAAAAUAGAUGGUGCUGACUUUGCAGGAGUGAAAAGGAUUAGAAGAUUAACACCGAAAGAAAUAUUAGAACUCAAGAUAAUACGGAAUAAACAGAAAGUAAUUCAAAAGAAACAAGAAGAAGAAGAAAGAAAAAGAGAGCAAGAAGAAAAAGAAAGGGAAAGGCAACAGGAAGAAGAAGAAAAAGAAAGGGAGAGGAAACAGGAAGAAGAAGAAAAAGAAAGGGAGAGGAAACAGGAAGAAGAAGAAAAAGAAAGGGAGAGGAAACAGGAAGAAGAAGAAAGACGAAGGGAGGAAGAAGAAAAAGAAAGGGAAAAGCAACAGGAAGAAGAAGAAAAAGAAAGGGAGAGGAAACAGGAAGAAGAAGAAAGACGAAGGGAGAGGAAACAGGAAGAAGAAGAAAGGCAAAGGGAGCAAGAAGAAAAAGAAAGGGAAAGGCAACAGGAAGAAGAAGAAAAAGAAAGGGAGAGGAAACAGGAAGAAGAAGAAAGACGAAGGGAGCGAAAAAUUGGUGAAACACGAGAAAUAAAAGGACCAAGGCGCGAUACCAAAAAAGCACAGCAUAAAGCGAAACCAUCAUCACAAUAUAAAGCGGAAAUAGUAAAAUCCAAUACUGGGCAACAGAUUCGGCGUACACUUAGUAAUAAACAAAAUACACCUCUCGGCCGUUUACCCAGAAGAAAAAACGUCUUUGAUUUGGAACAAAUUGUUCUAACAAAUGGUACACACUAUAAAAUUGCACAUUUUUUAAUCGUAAACAUGAAGCUCUAUAUUAUAAAUCCAAUGUACACGUCUCUUUUUUUGGUGAUUGUUAUCUCAGCAUAUGUAUCUUCAAUAUCAUUUUACACAAUUGAUGGAAAAUCAUAUUUAAAUGAUAAAUAUGAAAUAACUUUUGGAGGAUCGCCCGAUGUCAUAACGAAAAUAGAUGGCGCCGAUUAUGGAGGAGUGAAAAAGGUUAGAAAAUUAACGCCUGACGAAAUUUUAGAAAUAAAAAAUAAACAACUAAUAUUAGAUACGAAGAAUAAAAAUCAGUGGAAACAAGAAGAAAAAGAAAGGGAAAGAGAGCAACGAAUGCAAGCAGAAGAAAGGAAAAGAAAGGAACAAGAACGCGAAGCACAACGUAAGGUUGAAAGGGAAAUGAGUGAAUUGAAAAUGCAGAGAGAACGAAAAGAACGCGAGGAAAAGAAAAUUAUAGAGCAAAAUCAACGAAAAGAAGACCGAAAAAUGAGUGAAAUAAAAAGGAGAAAUGAGGAACAAGUACGGGAAGCACAACUUAAAGUUGAAAGGGAAAUGCCUGAAUUGAAAACGCAGAGUGAACAAAAAAAAAGCGAUGAAUAUAUAAUUGAACAAAAACGUCGUAGAGAACUGCUAAAAAUUAUCGAUCCACCAAGAGAAAAAGACCAACAGUAUGGAAUAACAAGAAAAAAUAAAAAGGGAAGAGCAACCAAAGGCCGUCAAGUUUAUGAUGACGAAGUAUUAAACCGUGAAUUGAAUGCAUCACAACUUGAAAUGGAAAUAUCAAUGGGCCAACAAACGCGUGAUAUGGAAAGAAAUAUAGAAAGAGAUAUGGACAAGCAAAUGCGCGAUAUGGAAACAGCACAACUUGAAAUGGAAAGAAAUAUGGAAAGAGAUAUGGACAAGCAAAUGCGCGAUAUGGAAACAGCGCAACUUGAAAUGGGAAAAAAAAUGGAAAGAGAUAUGGACAAGCAAAUGCGCGAUAUGGACAUUAAAAUGCGCGAUAUGGGAAGAUCGAUUGACCAACAAGUGCGCGGUGUCGAAAGAGGACAGCGUGGAAUGAAAAGUGAUCAAUUUAAUCCACGAAUUCGGCGUAAUCGUAAUAAUAUGCAAAUUACAUCUGGCAACCGUGGAGUAGGGAGAAUAGGGAUAAACAAUUUUUAUGUUUUCCAAUUGCGACUACUUUCACUGGUAAACAUGAAGCUCUACAUUAUAAAACCAAUGUACACGUCACUUAUAUUGGUGAUUUUUUUCGUGGCAUUAUCCUCUUCAAUAUCAAUUUUUACAAUUGAUGGAAAAACAUAUUUAGAUUCAGAAUAUGAAAUAAUUUUUGGAGGACGCAAUGUUUUAAAUAUAAAUCAAAAUACGAUUACAGGAUUGAAAAGCUAUAGACCAUUAUCUGACGAUGAAAAAAUAAUUAUACAGGAGAAAAAGAAAAUAAUAGACAUACAGGAGGAAAAGGACAGGCAAAUCAGGGACGAAGAAAGAGAAAAGGAACGAAAAUUGCGCGAUGCCGAAAGGGAGAGGCAUAGGAAACAACGCGAAUUCGAACGGGAAAUGCGUGAUAAGGAAAGAGAGAUGUUCCGACAACAACGAGAUGAAGAUAGGAUACAACGCGAUUUGCAGAGACAGAGAGAUCAAUAUUUACGAGAAGAGGAUAGGAAUGAGCAGCUAAGACGACGUGACGAGGAGCGACAAAUGCGCGACGCGCAAAGAGAAAAGGAACAACAACAGCGCGCGACCGAAUGGUCACAGCGGGGGGCCAAAUGGUUACAGCGCGGGGCCGAAUGGUCACAGCGUGGAUUGGCAAGACUGCGAGAGCAACAACAGCGUGAAGAAAACAGAGCGGCGGACCUGAAAACACGCGAGGAAAAUCGUGCGAUGCUCGAGGCGCAGAAAGAAAUGAACCGAUCAAAUCGGUAUGCCGAAAAAGCACAAACCAUAGCGGAAACGACACAGCAACAGCGAAGACGCGAUCUCGAACUCAGAGAAGGAAUACAAAUACAUCGCAAACUGGAAAGAGUCCAACCCAAUGAUGGGCGAUCAUCGAGAAACGGCGGGAACAACAAGAAACGACGCGCCGAGAGCUCCGAGAACUCUGAGAACUCCGAGAGCGAGGCGGAUGCGCCGAAGAGACAGAUUGGCCGCAAAAAUACGUCUUAUGGCAACCGUGGAGCUGGAAACGUAAGAGUGAAUAACCAAAAUAAAAUAAGUUUUAGGGGUAACGAGAUUAGCUUUUAAAUGACUACGACUCAAAAUUCUUACGUCAAAAUAUGUAUUAAUUUCAAUACCAUAGUUUUAACAAAUAGUUCAAUUUUGUAUCGUUAUUUAUUAAUCGCGAUGGUCACUCCUGCUCAAUACGAAAUAAUGCUUAAUCUAUAACAUAGUCAUAUAUAUAUAUAUAUAUAUGACUGGGUUAGGGUAAACGUAUACUAUAAACGUCAUAGUGAAUAUUACCGUUUAAACUAAUUAGUACCAAUACUUAUAACGCUUUUUGUAUUGUAGUCACAUAAUUUAUACACGAAAUUGUAACCAUACGGUAUAAUAAACGUUUGAUAUACAGCUGUGACGGGCGACAACGUUGCAAUAUUUAAAAUAAUAUAAUAUAAUAUGUUUUACUACAUAAUAUCUUACAAUUAUUAUAUUAUAUAAUACCUACCUAUAUUUCUUUGCGAAUAUAUAAAAAACGAUAAUAACUUCAAAAAGCAA